CGGGUGCGGGACCGGGGCACAGUGCCUUCCGGAGGCGGCCGGCCAGGCUCCCCCGAUACAGCCCGAUUCGGGGUUUCGGAUGCACAGUUUCGGGACGAUUGGGGCGCAGCGCCGGCCACGGGGACGGAACCGCGGGCGGGCGCGCGCGCGGGUGGGGAUGCGGCCGGGCGGAUGCCUUUGUGUCGCGUGCGCCUUCGCGCAGGUGGACAGCCCGCGCCCGUGGCCGCUUGGCUCGUGCGCACCGGGACCUCGAGUCUUGCUCUGCGCGGCCCCCCCUGCUCCCCCCACCCUCCCCCCCCAUCGCACCGCCGUUUUCAUCGCACAAUAGGCCCCGCUCGCAGCUGCACCUUCGGUCCCGGGCGGGGCUGGCUUAUUGCUGGGGGCUAACGGGACUUGGUAGGGACCGCGCUCCCAGCCGAGCCGGGCCCGUCAUCAGCGGGGGACGUGCGAUCUUUUCUCGCUCGGGCGCGAGGGGGGGACCUGGGGACAGGGACUGGCCACGGCUGGAAGGUCCAGGCCAGUGUCCCGAGCCUGCAGGUCCCGCAUUAGACAACAAAGAGAGGCGUUCGCGGCGGCGGGGGCGGGGCGGCCGGGGGGAGGAGGAGGAGGAGGCCGGGCUGCGGCGCGCAGGGUUGGGGGGCGCUCGCGCUCCGCCGGCCCAGCCCGCGGCUCCGCCCGCCCCCCGCCCGGCGCGCGCCAAUCGCCUCCCGCAGCGAGAGUGUCAGCGGCAUCGUCGUGUCCGCGCCCGCCGGUGACGUCGCGCCUCCCCUCGUUCCCCUCCGGAGCCGUCUGGCCGCGGAGGCUCAGUCCAGAGGCGGGGAGCGGAGAAGGAAAACGCGCCGAGUGAGGGCGGGCGGGCGGGAGGGAGCGGAGGAGCCGGGGAGGGGCCCCCGAAAGGACGCCGCCGCCGGCGCUCGCCCGCUCGCUCGCUCGGCUCGCUCUGCUCCUCUCUCGGCGCUGCGUCCGGCCAGCCGGGCACCCAGGGGGGGCGCGCGCGCGGCCGCCGCUCCAGCUCUGCCCCCCGCCCCGCCCGCCCGCCCGCCCGCAGCCCUGGGGUGGGGUCCCAGGCGGGGGCUCCCGCAGCCGCCACCGGACGCGCCGCGCACGGAGCGCCCCACUCCUUCCGGCGCCGAGCGGGGAGCCGCGGAGCCCGCUGCAGCCGGCCGGCCUCCCCGGCCCUGAGCGCCCCGCUUCCCCGGCCGCCUUUGUGGACGCAGCUUCGGGGCCGAGGCCGGCGGGGGCGCGGCGCGCACGGCCCGGCGAUGCCCAGCUCGCUGUUUGCGGACCUGGAGCGCAACGGCAGCGGCGGAGGCGGCGGCGGCGGGGGCGGCGAGACCCUGGAUGACCAACGAGCCCUGCAGCUCGCGCUGGACCAGCUGUCGCUGCUGGGGCUGGACAGUGACGAGGGCGCCGCUCUGUACGACAGCGAGCCGCGCAAGAAGAGCGUGAACAUGACCGAGUGCGUGCCGGUGCCCAGCUCGGAGCACGUCGCCGAGAUCGUGGGCAGGCAAGGUUGUAAAAUCAAGGCGCUGCGGGCCAAGACCAACACGUACAUCAAGACCCCGGUGCGCGGGGAGGAGCCCGUCUUUGUUGUGACCGGGAGGAAGGAGGACGUGGCCAUGGCCCGCAGGGAGAUCAUCUCGGCGGCCGAGCACUUCUCCAUGAUCCGCGCCUCCAGGAACAAGAACACGGCGCUCAACGGCGGCGGCGCCGUGCCGGGCCCGCCCAACCUGCCCGGCCAGACCACCAUCCAGGUGCGCGUGCCUUACCGCGUGGUGGGGCUGGUGGUGGGGCCCAAGGGCGCCACGAUCAAGCGCAUCCAGCAGCAGACGCACACGUACAUCGUGACGCCCAGCCGCGACAAGGAGCCGGUGUUCGAGGUGACGGGCAUGCCCGAGAACGUGGACCGCGCGCGCGAGGAGAUCGAAGCGCACAUCGCCCUGCGCACCGGCGGCAUCAUCGAGCUCACGGACGACAACGACUUCCACGCCAACGGCACCGACGUGGGCUUCGACCUGCACCACGGGGCGGGCGGGGCCGGCCCGGGCAGCCUGUGGAGCAAGCCCACCCCCAGCAUCACGCCCACCCCGGGCCGCAAGCCCUUCGCCAGUUACCGCAACGACAGCUCCAGCUCCCUCGGCAGCGCCUCCACGGACUCGUAUUUCGGCGGCGGGGGGACCGGCGGCGGCGGCAGCGCGGCCGCCACCCCGCGCCUGGCCGACUACAGCCCCCCGAGCCCCGCUCUCAGCUUCGCGCACAACGGCAACAACAACAACAACGGCAACGGAUACGCCUACGCUGCGGGGGAGCCCCCCGCGCCUUCUCCCCCCGACGGCUGCGCGGAGCUGCCGCCCGCCUUCGACCCCGCGCCCGCGCCCCCGCCCGGGGCGCCCCUGCUCUGGGCGCAGCAGUUCGAGCGCUCGCCCGGCGGGGGUCCCGGGGCGCCCGCGGCCUCCUCCUGCUCUUCCUCCGCCUCUUCCUCCUCCGCCUCGUCUUCCUCCGUGGUCUUCCCCCCCGGGGGCGGCCCCGGCCCCGGCGCGCCCGCCAACGCCAACCUGGGGCUGUUGGUGCAACGCCGGCUGCACCCGGGCGCCGGCUGCCCGCGCCUGUCCCCGCCGCUGCCCAUGGCCCCCGGGGCGGGCGAGCACCACCUGGCCCGUCGGGUGCGCAGCGAUCCGGGCGGAGGGGGCCUGGCCUACGCGGCCUAUGCCAACGGGCUGGGGGCGCAGCUGCCCGGCCUGCCGCCGUCCGACAGCUCGGGCUCGUCCUCGUCCUCCAGCUCGUCCUCCAGCUCCUCCACGUCGUCGUCGUCGGGGCUGCGGCGCAAGGGCAGCCGCGACUGCUCCGUGUGCUUCGAGAGCGAGGUGAUCGCCGCGCUCGUGCCCUGCGGCCACAACCUGUUCUGCAUGGAGUGUGCCAACCGCAUCUGCGAGAAGAGCCAGCCCCAGUGCCCGGUGUGCCACGCCGCCGUCACCCAGGCCAUUCGCAUCUUCUCCUGAGCGCGGCGCGCGCGCACCGGGGCGCACCCCGGGGAGGGGGCCCCCGCGUCUCCAUCCUCAUCCCCGGCGCCCGCCCGCCCGCCGGUCCCUGCGGU